AUGGCCUCCAUCCUAGGCUUCGGCCCCGUCACUCGGCCCCUAGUCCUAAUGAUCAUACUCGCCCUACUACGAUGUAGUUCGGCCCAGAUGUGCUCAUUCUGGUAUAGCGGGUGCAUCGAUCCGCUCGCUCAAACCGCCGUGCCGAUCGACUUCUCGCCGCUGUUCCCAGACCCCGUCAUCUUCUACUACGGCUUUGAUUCGAAUCCAUCCGGCAAGGGUCAAGGCCCGAUGACCAAGGCCAGUUACUGGCUGCGAUAUCAGGAUCGGAAGAUCAAUAAGAACGCGGUGACGUCAAAUCGGACUUCUGAGAUCGCGAUGCGUGUAGGCAACCUGACUGGCACGCCAUCGGGAACUACGAAUGGCUGUGAUGGAAUCUGGGGGAAUCCUUGCUCGCAUGAUAUCAAGGGAGCUCUACAGCACACGAUUUUCCGCCUGUCUAUGUCGGGCAAGUAUUACUCGAAGCCCCUUGAGGCGGCUUUAGAGCAGAUGAUGAAUUACCCCCCUCAUCUUCCUAAUUGCGGAGCCCCCAUCUUUGACGUUGCCUCCAUUCCCGUGCAGGACUUUGCCAAAGAGAUAACACCUGGUGAAAAUGUCAGUGUCAUGCCUUCAGGCUCGAGUCAACGCCCGUGGCAGGUUUGGUACAUCGACGACAUGACCUCGCAUAACCAAGCGUCCCAAGUCGCUGUCGGAAUCAUUGCUCGAUCACCUACAUACAACAGUCCGCCGCCGCUAAGCCCUGAUGAAAUCCAAAUAGAGCUCGCUUGUCUUCAGGCUCCCCAGGGCCCUCCGAUGGGACCCUCAAACGACCAUGAUUAA